CUUCUUAUGGUGUUGUGAUCUUUGCAGAAGUGUAUUUAAAAUGCUGCAGGAGCGUUCCUUCUGGUGCAAUUGCUGGUUUAACACUUGCUCUGUAUGGGAGCGGAUAACCUGCCCCAAGACAAACUUUAGAGUAUGAUAUUUCUUUGAGAACUCGUCAGUAAUUGAUCCUAAUACCGUAGGAGCCCUUGAAAUUACCGCAGAUUGCUGAUCCUCAAGCGCUAUAUGCCCGUUUGGAGCACAGGACGGACAUACUUUGUUAUAAUAGGCGUUUCCACAUGUUGUGAUUGAAUUUACUCGGUGCUUCAGCUUUAGAAUUAGUACUGGGGAGUGAAACCAAGUACUCAUGGAUUGGGCCAAUGUUACCUUCGAGGAGCUCCUGAGCUCUUUACAAGAGGUGGACUGGAACUCGCCACCCCGGUCCCCAAAGGAGUUCUUUGGCAAGUUCACAGGCCUGCCAGAUCAGGACAAGCUCCUGCCCCGCAUCAAGUGUAAUCUGUACUACUAUCGAACCAACUACGUGCUGCUUAUCCUGCUGGCUUUCUGCGGCGCAUUCCUGCGCAACAUUGGCGCCCUGGUGGCCUUAGGCAUCUGUGUCCUAGGCUGCCUGUGCCUGAACGACACCUUCGCUAUCACCCUGAGCGACCGGACACUGCGGAUGAUCAGGAGAAUACACCCGCCACUGGCACAGAAGCUGAGGGCGCAGUCUGGGGGGCAUGCUGGUCUGGGGGCACCGGGGAAGGCGAGGGAGGUGAAGAUAGUGGGCAUCAAGAGGAACACAGUGGUGUUUAUGUUGCUGGCGCUCGGGAUCAUUCUGCUGUGGCGAACCAGGGCACUUCUCACUCUUGCAAUCGCAGUCAUCCUGGGCGAUGGAGGGGUGCUGCUGCACGUUGUGCUCAGGGCGCCCAAUCUCAAAUCUCGCAUGGCCAGCGCUCGGCAGGAGUUCCGCGCGGUCUGGCGCGGCUACCAGACCGACUUUGGGCAUGAUUACACCCUGUGACAUGCAUGCGCGCUGCACGCUCAAAAGCCCGCCAGAUGUCGCGCUCGCCUCAAAAGCUGGCUCACGGGAUCUGGUCGACUGCGCUGCGUUCCUGGGGCUGCUCGGCUGCGCUGGCGCCGAGUAGGGCCUGGGGCCGGUUCGUCUUGUUUGGAGUGCAGGGCCUGCAUGGCCUGCAUGCAAGUCGGCGUUCUAUUGGAAGAUAUGGUCUAUAGUAUAUUGGUCAGUCUAAAGGCACCUGCAUUUACUCAAGCUCCAACUUUUUAUCCUGGUGUAUGCCCCUCUAAACCGGCUCUCUGCUUUGAAUUUCACAGGCCAAGAUGGAGGCAGUACAGGUAGGUUUCGCCAGCUGAGUGCAUUGACAGGACCUCGAAAUAGAGAAGGAUGUCAGCAAAGUAGAGAUUUGUAGCAGACGUGCUCUGCAUAAUAUGAAUUGCAGUGUAAAAUAUUCCGCCCAG